UUAUCAAUGUAAUUAGGUACAGUAAGCUAAGGAAAACCAAACUAAAAUGGCGUGUAAAACUUCUUACGAACUACAUCACAACUUCCCUAGAUUAGCGGAAGAAACCGGAUUUGCUUUCAAUACACAUAGGCCGCGGAUUCACAUAGACUGGAAUAAGAUAAGACUAAUCGAUAUCGACAGUUUAACAAGAGACCGGAAAUUCGCCUUACUAGAACAGCAUGUGAACGACAUUUUGGACUGCGUGUUGGAGUCAGAAUUUGACGUCCGAAUACUCGACGAAGGUGUGGUGAAACUGUUCCGCUUGGCUCAGCUGGCCGUGGAGUAUCAGCAGUUCUGCCGGCACUACCUCGACCGCAGCGUGUUUGUGCUGCGGCAGGAGCUAGAUACGCUCGCACAGGAACUUGCUAACACGAAGAAAGAUUUGCACGAAAAAGAAGACGAACUUAGAAAGACACGAAGAAAAGGAAAACCUCAGUACAAACCCCUUCUUCCUUAUGGGAACGAUAAUAUUGCGGCAAUGAUAUUAAAAACCCUCACAAAUAAAGCAGACAUCUUCCCGUCGACUGCCAGUGGCGAAGUCCCACAGUAUAACAAAUGUCGCUUUUGUGAUAAAGUUUUUCUGAACCAACUUUACCUUAAAAGUCAUAUUUCAAGGAGACAUGCGAACCUCAUAGAUGAACCUCCAGAAAGAGACGUGAAAGAAACUGAAGUCACACAAGUUAACACAAUUGGUAAUGAAAAUAUUAAGCUCAAUGAAGAGAUAAACCAGCUAAAACUGAAAAUUAAAGAAAUGGAAAUAUUAAUCACUAAUAAUAAUAAAGUUUUGAUAGACAGCGAAGUGAUAAAAGGUAAUGAGAGAAAAAAUGAUAAAUCUAAAGAAAUGAGAGAUGUUGGGGUGUAUGCUAAUAACGAUGAUGUCUUGAAAAAGCUAGAAGAAUGGAAAAAGACGGAACAAGCUAACCACACUAAAGAGAUCGACUUGCUACGUAAUCAAAUUUUCGAAACAUUAAAUAGUUUUAAAGUGAAGGAAGUUGAAAAACCUGAUGAAAGUGAAAAAACAAUAAUAGCACAACUACAUAAGACAAUAAAAGACCAGGGUGCGGAAAUACUAUCAUUGCAACAGGCGCUAACUGAAACAAAAAUGAAAAGUGACAAUGAUGACAUGGAACGUAAAACAGUGAUUGAGGAACAAAUGUUACACUGGGUGCGAAGAGACGAAGCUCAAUCAAAGCAGUACGAAAUGCUGGUCCAUAAGUUAAACGAAGUAGCGAAGGAAGCACGGGAAUCAAGAGCAGCCGCCGAGGCAGAGCGCCAGCGAGCGGGACAACUGGAGGCUCUGCUGAAGGAACGCCUGCGCCAGACACACACCGGCGGCUCCUCAGAUGGCGGUUCGGUUUCCAAUGUACAAGAAGAAAGUGAUGAUACAGAUCCAUUAGACGAACCAAAAAAGAUUACCUCACCAAAUUCAGCUGUGAAGCAUAAUAGUUUAGAACAACUACAUCGCAAAGCUCAGGAACUACUAAACAUGGACUCGAGUUCUACAUCUGAUGGGUCUAGUUCUGAAAGGUUUGUCGAUAAUAAGACAGCUACCAACACAUUAAGAGAUAAGUCUGCAUCAAAAGCACACAUGAAGAAAUACUUGAAUCAAAACGAGGAUAAGACACCACCGUCAAAGAAAACGAACACAGAAAUAAAUAAGUCCAAAUCUUUCUCCAGUAAGAAAACCAAUGACAAGAGAAUAGUUGCCCAGAAACAAAAAAAGACAAAGAAAGAGCCAUCGCAUCAGAAGGAACAAGCAAAAUCAUCUCCGCAUUUGAUUAUGAAGCAACAAAACGGCCCUAUACUUACACCGGGAAGCCCCCUAAAGGUGGUUCGCGCUAAAAUUACAGAAGAAGUUAACAGCAGACUGGUACAAGCCGGCGUGGACCCACUCAAGAGUAGACUAAGCCAGAAUGUUUUUCAAAAACAGAAAGCACAAUUACAACAGCAAUUAGAAGUAAAAACGAAGAAAUAUCCUGCUUACGAACAAGUAAGAUACACUAUCAUGGCAUAUUUGGAUUCAGAUGCUUCUAGUAAAAAGGGAGACGUUACGUCCGAAAACAAUAUGGCGGCUCCUAAUGCUUUAACUAAAGCAUUUAGUUUGAGUUCCAUGAUAUCAAAUGUUAAAAGUAAGGCAUUAUCUUUGGUGAAAAAUAAAGAGGUAAAAUCUAAGAGUGAACACAAGAGCUCAAAGUCUGAAUUUGCAAAAAAAGCUCUGAGAUUGCUAAAGACUCCGCCUGAAUCCCCAGUAGUUUCAAACGUUCAUCACUCGAGUCCUCCUGUUUCUGAUGAUGAUGAAAUAUUUGACAAGAAAAUUGACUACACGGCGGCAACUGAAGAUAAAAAUGUGAAGCCACGUCUGAUCAAAAGAAAAACUAAUUUGCCAACCCAAGCUCACCUGGAAAGUGAUUCGGAUGAUAGUCCACCUAAUACCAAUCCAUCUAUCCCCCGCAGGCCAGUACGGUCUAUAGACAACUUGAUAAGGUCCCCUGCUCGAAGACCUUCAUCAGCAACUACAGACUAUGGUAACACUGUUCUUAAAUACACUAGUCCCAGUAACGACGAUCAUUUGAUUCGUACACAGUCCGCGACAGACAUCUUGGAGUUCAGGGGCGAAGAUAGAGAAAUCAAUAAAAAAGAACAGGUGACUCAGAGUAAUCAUGAUAUUCAACAGCUUUUAGAGAUUCACAAAGCAGCCAAAACUUCGCCUAAACAAACCAAGGGCGUUUUGAAAAAUGCAUCUUCGACAUCGUCACUCAAUAAGAAGAAAGUACUAUUCGAUAUGGAUGCUAUACAAAUGAAAUCAGUUAGCGCGUCUCCUUCACAAAGCAUAACUGAAAAAAGUGAUGAUAAAUACGAACUGGGGUUGAUCAACAUCGGAGACGAUGAAUGGGAUAUAUCGAGCAUCGAAAAUGAACCAAUAAAGAGUGAUACAAAGAUUCGCGUGAAUGUCACACAAAGUCCAAAGAUAGCCGAACUAAAGCAAACUAUAGAAGCUCAGUUAGCUCGUCGGAGCGAGACACCGUCCACCGCACUUUUUGGAGGAGUUGACGUAUUGAAAGGGCCUAUGACCAAGUCUUCCAACAUCGGCGGGAGCAACACAAGUCUUGGAAGCUCAAUCUUGGACGAAUCGGACAGUGCCAAAGUAUUGAGCCAUAAACACAUAAGCGUAGUGAAACCAAAACAUAACGCUGAAAGAGAUGACAGUGAAUUGGAGAUUUCUGAUUUCAGCGUUGAUGGAGUGACUAAUAAAAAUGAAAAAUAUUCAUUUUAGAAUAUUUUUCAUUUCUUUGUAAUAAAUACACACAAAUAGUCAAAAGUUAAAAAUAAUAUUUACCUGUUUUGCCUCCUGACUAUGCGUGAAUAGUGGAAACUUCGCUCGUAACGUUGACGUGUGACUUCAGUUUCUCAACACAUACGAGUAUAACACAUACGAGAGCUAACAUUGUUACGUGCCUACAUGUAGAACGA